AUGGCUACCACCUCAGCUGAGGGCCUGCAUGGCUUCCUUGAAGCCAUGGGAAUUGAUGAUCCUGGCUUUGUGUCGGCGACGACAGACCUUUACACCAAUCCACUGGCCAUCUACUACUCUCAUCUAGCUGAGCUUAUCGUCCAACUCACGGACUGUGAAAAGCAGACCGCCUACAAGUCGAUCGUAUGGGCAAAUGACAUGACCCAUCUGGUGGUUGUGGCGCCUCGACUUCGACUCAAGGGCGUCGAUUCCGAAGAUCUCGCGGCCGAUUUGCAGCAAAGGUUUCCGGAGUCCCCUCUCUUCGGACACCCUGUCAACGACGGGAUCAACCUCCUGUUUUACUUUGCGAACACUAACCUUGCCCGCCUGUUGCUGUCCUAUAUCAUUGACCGUGGAUCUUCAUACGGUAAUACGCUACUUACCGAAGCUCCCGCCGAGACUGAGGCGGACACGAAAGCGCGCAAGGUCAUUGUUGAAUUCUCAUCGCCAAACCUUGGGAAGGCCUUUACUGGCCUACACUUGAGGAGUACGAUCGUGGGGACUUUCAUAGCCUCCAUGUACGAGAGAUUGGGGUGGGAUGUGACCAGGAUGACCUUUCUUGGUGACUGGGGCAAGCAUGUCGGACUUCUGGCAGCUGGCUGGUCACGAUUCGGGUCUGACGAUCAAUUCGAUGCUGACCCCCUGCGACAUCUGCUUGACGUGUACGAACAAAUUGAGGAUCUCUUCAAAAAAGAGCAGGAAGCAGCCAAGAAGAAUCCUGAAGGGGAAGAUGGCGCCGAAGUGAGUCACGAGAUUGAAGCAGAAAGAGACGACUUCUUCAAGAAACUCGAGGACGGCGAUGAAGAUGCCCUGGCUUUGUGGAAAAGGUUUCGUGAAGUCUGCAUUACGCGAUACACCGAACUUUAUGCCCGACUCGGUGUGAAAUUCGACGACUACUCGGGUGAGUCGGAUGUCUCUCACGAGACUAUUGAAGAGGUCGAGAAUGCAUUGAAGGAGAAGGGAGUCUACCGGGAGAGUGAUGAUGCCUGGGUAAUUGAUAUCAACAAGAACGAUGAAAAGCACGGGGCGGCCAUUGCGCGGUUUCGUAAUGGUACAACGACAUACCUGCUCCGAGAUGUUGCGGCGGUCUUGGAGCGCAGCAAGAAAUAUUCCUUUGACAAGAUGAUUUACGUUGUGUCGGCGCGGCAGACGACUCACUUUCAACAAGUCUUCAAGGUCCUCGACUUGAUGGACCGUUCUGACUUGGCGCAACGACUCGAUCAUGUCGGCUUCGGCGACGUACAUGGCCUCGUGCCCAAAGAAGGAACCAGUGGCCUCCUUUUGGGUGACAUUCUAGACCAAUGUCGCGAUGCAACUCAACUGGCGCUGGACACAGACGAAGAGGCGGCUCAGCUGUUUUCCGAGCAAGACCCAUUGAAAGUUUUCGAUGCCCUGGGUGCGACAAAUCUCAUGGUCGACGAUCUCUCUACCAGGCGAGGCAGCACGUUCAAUUUUGACCUCAGCAAGCUGGCAAACACCAGGGAUUAUACUGGCUUGAACCUUCAAAAAUGGCACACAAAGCUUGGAUCGAAACUCGGCGGUGUCGAGAUCGAUCGUGCGGAACUCGAGAGCACGGAUUACAGCAUGUUCGAUGGUGAAGACAAUACAUACGCCGACAUUCUCAGGCUUCUCGUCCAGUUCCCCGCGAUCCUGAAGACGUCGUUCGAAAGGUUGGAAUCCGCUCAGAUUCUGACAUUCCUAUUCAACAUCAUCGACCUCUUGCCUAGUAUCUGGGAAGAUGAGGCCGAGGCCGAAGGCUCUGCUCGAAGCCUAGCCAAACUGGCAUUCUACAAAUGUUGCCACAUUGUGUUGGAGAACGGAAUGAGGACGCUUGGGCUGGUGCCUCUGAUGGAUUGA